GGCCAUGACACAAAAAGCAACUGCCACGGCUCUUUACCCCUGAAUCAGCAGCUGAGGCGCUUAUGUUCUGGGGCUAUUCUGGGGGCGCGGGUGCAAUGCCUACUUUACACAUGUGGAUUUGCUUCAUUGGUGACCUGGUGUUCAAUGAUCAGGAUCAGGCGUUCGCGUGAUCUUGCCGGGCCCUCUGUCGUAGGCGUAGUAUGUUUCUGCUUGGCGGGGUGCUGUUCACGUCACCUGGAUUACGUGAAAGGAUAUCUCUUUUUGGAGUUGUGUACACAGCAUUUCGAACCUCGACUCAAUAGCUCGUGCCUUGGCAGUUAUAUCCUGUUGAAUUCCAUGGCCACGAGGUUCUCUGAUAGACGCGCUAUUUUUGCGUCAUUUUUGCCCUAGUGUUGCAGUCCUGCCUUUCAUCCCCGUUGCAUAUAAGUAUGCCGCCUCGAACUCCCAAAGAGCAAAGGUUCUUGCGCACCCUUCGUCAAAGAAAACAUCUCUACGGUUUCCUCUCACCCGUUCCUUGGUCCUCGAGUAAUACCAACAACUCCUUGUUCAGGUUCCUUCCCUACGAGGUCCCUGAUGGCUAUGUCCCCCCAAAUGCGUGUCAAGGCGGGGCGCUCUCUAAUGCUACAGUCCAUCUUGCCAAUGUAUCACACCAGUUGCCCAGAGACGAGCCAAUCCUGAGGUUCAAGCGCGAAACCUCCGUAAAACGCGCAUCGAAUACCGCUAAUUACUCUCAAGCAGCGAUCUGGAUAGGAGCUCUUGGCUCAUGCAACCGUGAUGUUGACGGAAAGGUGUACUGCACUAAGCCGUCUUAUUCGAACCCACAAUACAAUUUGACCAACGUAGCGCCUAACAGUGUCUUCUACACAGCAAUGCUUCCUGACGUUGUUCAUCGUCGCACGAUUCUAGCUACCAUCUCCCUCAAUCUUGUGGGCUAUGUUUUCUAUUUUCUCGGUUCCAUCCCAUUCUGGUUCCCUGGGAUCUAUUCCUCUCUCUGUGGAUCAACCAAGGACUCAGCCCAGGCAUUUGAAUUGGCAGCUACAACUCUAUCGACAACUUCUAUGAUCCUGCGCCAUGCGGACAGGCUAGGCCCCUGAAACCUGGCAUCCUCCUGAAAGCCGCUCAGGGUAAUAUGUACCCUAUGA